AUGGCACCCUUUGAAGGAUAUUAUCAUGCGAAAUUCUUACACAAAAUACACUUAAAUGUGAGUAANGCAUCGUCACNGGUNCAGCUAACAGCUGGACCCACAGACCAAAUGGCACAUAAGCAACUACUUGAACACAGCUGGGAGCACUCUAGCAAGAAGCUCAAAGGACAGAGAAGUGUGUGCAGAGGUCUGAAGCCUGCCCGGAAUCUCCUGGAGCAGCAGUCACAGAAGGUUGUGAGCUGCUCUAUUUCAGAGGCUGCAGUUCAAGACACCAACUCUUUUCUUUCUCCACUUUUCCUGACACCAUUGCCAAUAGUCCCUGAGGGCGCAGCUGGUGCCACAGUCACAUCUGUCAGAAGAAACCAUGGCCAAGGCAGCAGUGACCAAGCGCCAUCAUUCUAUGAUUCAGAAGCUGUUAAUUCUACUGAGCUGUGGAUACACCAAGCUGUUGGCUG